AUGAAGAUCACCGCUGCUAUUGCUGCUAGCAUCCUCGCUGGUGUCGUCGCCGCCGCUCCUGGGCGCGGACUCGAAGCUCGCGUGAAGGCUCGUGCUGCCACCCGGGGCUCUCGCCCUCUCGAGGCUGUCAACCGGCCUGCGACGGUCAAGAACCAGACCAAUGUGGAGUACAGCUCCAACUGGUCUGGCGCGGUGCUGGAGAACCCUCCCUCGGCGGCUGCUACCUACACGGCCGUGACCGGUACCUUCACCGUCCCUGAACCCACUGGCACCGGUAGCGGCGCUGCCUCCGCCUGGGUUGGCAUUGACGGCGACACCUAUGGAAACGCCAUCCUUCAAACUGGUAUCGAUUUCACCCUGGAGAACGGCCAGGCCUCCUACGAUGCCUGGUAUGAGUGGUACCCCGACUACGCUUACGAUUUCACCGGCAGCAUCGACAUCUCUGCUGGCGAUGAGAUCGUCACCAUCGUCGAGUCCUACUCUUCCACCAGCGGCAUUGCCAUUAUCGAGAACAAGAGCACCGGCCAGACCGUGUCCAAGAAGCUGUCGGCCCCUUACUCCAGCGCCAAGCUCGGUGGUCAGAACGCCGAAUGGAUCGUCGAAGAUUUUGAGGAGAAUGGCUCCCUGGUCAGCCUCGUCGACUUUGGCACCAUCACGUUCACCGGCGCCGUGGCUAAGGCUGCUGGCGGCGAGAGUGUCGGCCUCGAUGAUGCUACCAUCAUUGAGAUUGAGCAGUCUGGCACUGUGAAGACUGAUGUUACCAUUAACAGUGACUCUUCUGUUACCAUCACUUACGUCUAA